AUGGGUGACGUUAUUCUACAGAUACGUGGAUUCAUGUCCAAUCGUUUACUUUUUCGGAAGCAAAUGGUAGUAGAUAUCAUACACCCUGGUCGUUGUGUGUUAUCCUUAAAAGAAAUCCGGGAACGCCUAGCUAAAAUUCACAAAACAUCCCCGGAUGUUGUAUUCGCCUUUGGCUUCCGAACGCAUUUUGGUGGUGGAAAGUCCACUGGGUUUGCACUCAUCUAUGAUUCCAUGGAUCAUGCCAAAAAAUUCGAACCUAAGUAUCGUCUUGCCAGGAAUGGUCUUAUUCAAGCACCAACGAAAGGUCGAAAACUGAGAAAGGAGCGGAAGAAUAAAGCAAAGAAACAAAGGGGCACCCAUCCUAGGAAGCGAAAGACUGAGACUUAA